AUUAGAUCAAAUCAAAUUACCAAGAGCGAAGAGAUAAAAAUCUGAAGAAAGAAAAAGAAGAGCCAAAACGGAGACAGAGAAUAUUCCAUUCCAUAAAAUUUUGAGAUUGUGAAUCAGCGUCACGUUGUGGGUUCUGAUGCCGUACCUUGUCCGAGAGAAUCUAUUUAUCGGCAACAUUAGUGAUUCGGCAGAGGUUCUCCAAAAUGGAAGUAGUGAGAUUACACAUAUUUUAUCAAUUUUGAGCUCCCCGUCAAUAUCAUUUUUUUCCGAAUGGCGUAGUGGCCUUACCAUUCCUGCCAAGGAAAUUAAGAAGGUUUAUGUGGGUGAAUCUGAAGAGACAGCUUCUGACGUAGAAUUGGGUGCUGCGUCGAAGAGUUCUUUGUUGCCAAAUAAGCUUUUGUACUCACUGGAGCAUGCCGGCAAGGAUUUGAAGCUAGUGAGGAUGGCCGUGCCUAUUAGAGAUAUGGAAAGUGAAAAUUUGCUGGAUUAUUUGGACAUUUGUUUGGAUUUCAUUGAUCAGAGUAGAAAAGAAGGUUCUGUAUUGGUGCAUUGCUUCGCUGGUGUGUCGAGAAGUGCAGCAAUUAUUACAGCGUAUUUGAUGAGAACUGAACAACUAUCUCAAGAAGAUGCUAUUGAAUCUCUAAAGCAAAGCUGUGAAUUUGUUUGCCCCAAUGAUGGCUUUCUUGAUCAGUUGAAAAUGUUUGAGGAAAUGGGCUUCAAGGUCAAUCAUGAGAGUUCCAUUUACAAGCGCUUUCGUCUGAAAGUAUUGGGUGAUUCAUAUAACCGGGGGGAGAAGAUAGACAGUUCUAAAUUUGGAGCUGAUCCUGGCAUGGCUACUGGUGUUUCCUCAGACGCAUCUUCAAAUGGUGAAAGUAAGCUUACAACUGCAUACCGCUGUAAGAAAUGCCGAAGACUUGUUGCAUUGCAGGAGAAUGUGGUAGAUCAUGUUCCAGGAGAAGGCGAAACAUCAUUUACAUGGAACAAGCGAAAAAGUGGCAAUCCCUUCAAUAAGUCUGAUGAGCCAGAAUGCUCAUCUAUUUUUCUCGAGCCUCUGCGGUGGAUGACAGCAGUUGAAGAAGGUGCAUUAGAGGGAAAGCUGUCAUGUGCUCAUUGUGAAGCUCGCUUGGGAUACUUCAACUGGUCGGGUAUCCAGUGCAGCUGCGGAAGUUGGAUUACGCCUGCCUUUCAGCUUCAUAAGAGCCGAGUGGACAUCAGCAGUGUCUAAUAUUUGUCAGAUUGCUUUACUUGUCAUUGCAUAAAGACACCCCAGAAUCUUAAUAAAAAACUUGAGAUGACAAAGAAUAUUGUGUUAAUCUGGGGUAAAUCUGUCGAACGCGGAGGAUCUGGGGAGCCGGAGAAUAUGAAGUUGAGGUCAUGGUUGGUCUGUAUUUAUAGAAUAUAAUUUGAUAUCAUUUUAAGCAGUGUUUUGCUUGAAGAGAGAAAAUAUUAAGCUUGGCUUAUAUUUAUGAGAAAAUUAGAAAAAAUACUCUCUUUUUAUAAAUAUUUACAGAUUAUACCUCAGUGAUUAAAAGAUACUGAAAUUACUCUCUAUUUUAUGGACAUAUCUGUCUUUACCUA